AUGGCCGCUUUGAGUCCUGUGUCGACGCACGCCUGCAUCGCCUGCCGAGCGUCAAAGCUCGGCUGUGACAAAACCCGGCCGCAGUGCAUGCGGUGCCUUCGGAUGGGACGGCAAUGCAGUUAUACGCCGCAGCAAAAAGGUCCUCAUAAUGACCUCGCAGUCAUGAAAAGGACGCGCAGAAUGACGAGUCUUGAUGAAACCAGACCAGCCAGGGAUCCAAAGAGAGGUGUCAUACCAACACCACAGAGGCGAAAUCGUAUACCAAAUGCAUGCUCCCGAUGUCGGCAGUCCAAGCUCAAAUGUGACCGGGACCAGCCAUGUGGUCGCUGCCUGAAAGCUAAUAGAGGACACGACUGUCAUUAUGUGGUUGACCCUUUCCCGUCAAACGCGCAAAGUGAGAAGAAACUCGUCCCUCUAUACAAGCAAUCAUACCACAGCGGAUUCCAUUGGUCUGUUCUUGUCGAGAAUAUUGAGAGUCUUUUGAAACAUCAUCGCUGGGCCGGUAUUCACCACGCACAUCCGGAACAAGAGAAACUCUUCUCGUCAAUGGAAAACUUCUUGGGCAAUAGUCCAUUGUCUCAUGCCACGCGACGAACAUUGUUGUCCUAUGUUCCUCCUCGCGAUAUGGCAGAGACGUUCAUUCAGCAUUAUCUUGAUGUGAUCGAACCGUCGCAUCAAAUUAUCCAUCUACCCUCGUUUAGAAACGAGCUCGACGCCUUCUGGGAUAGGCCAGGCAGUAUGGAUGAUGGGUGGCUAGCGCUAUUUUUUGCCAUACUUGCACUAGGUUGUCAAUUACACAACCCAGCCCAAGCGGCCAAACAAUAUGGCGAUUUUGAGGCCCUCCCCGCUCGUUUAUUCGAUGCAGCACAGGCCUUCCUGCAACGCACGCCUUUCAUGAUCCGACCGAAUCUUACCAGCAUCCGAAUUCUCUGUCUCCUCGUGAUCUACAGGCAGACAAGGGGCGCCGUUUGUAUCGAGUUCACUGCACUCUGGCCUGUCACUGGCUUGAUCGUCCGACUUGCUAUCACUCUGGGAUUACACCUGACUGAUCCUACCCAAUACUCACAUAGAGGCGCAGAAAACACCACCUCGCGCAACCGGCUAUGGGCGGCGGUCAUUCUUCUUGACUUACGGCAGGCUCUUGCAGCGGGUAUGCCGGUGAUCCCCCCGGCUGGAAACCUACUCACAGAGCCACUUCUCACGAUGGGACCGGAACUUGUCGGUGGGUCACAGCAAACCGAGUUCCUCUUCCCACUAGUCAUCUACAAUUACCUCCCUCAGAUCUUCAAAAUCCUCGAACUAGCGACCUCGCCUCAGAUCACCUUAUCCUACAAUCUCGUCGUCAAAUAUGACCAGCAGAUCAAAGCACUCCUCAACCACUUCCACAACGCGUUCCUCUCCGCCUGCGCCGAGAACCCAAAUACCGACCCCUUCCAAUGGACAAUGACAAACAUCUUCAUUCGCCGCAUCCUCCUCGCCCUCCACAGCCAACUUUACCAAGAACCUAACGUUAUCACCCGCUACCCGGUCUCCUACUGGUCGUCUCUCGAAUGCAGCCUCGCUAUUCUCUCCGCGCAGCGUGACCUCUGGGACACCGACGGCGACGCGGGUUCCGAAUCAUCAUCAAAAUGCCCGCCGGGGCGCACUCCUGUCAUAGCCCGCCUCUUGCAACAAGAUUUCUUCCUUUCAGCGAUCACCGUCUGCUUCCACCUUGUACAGGCUGAAUCCCCACUGAGCUCUCCAGAGAGCAGUCAAGGGUGCCAGGUGCGGGCGCGGAAGACAAUCCUCGAGUUAUUGGGGUCGUGUCGUGAUAUCUGGGAACGGGAGCAGGAUGUUUCGGUCUGCCAUGGGACGGCGUUUUCAAUGAUCGAUUCAUUGUUGGGAAUUGUGCGGAGUACUGAGGUGGAAGAUGAGAUGGAGAGUAAGGACUUGCUUGCUUCUGGAUGUACCGUUGAUGGCGAGGAAUGUGAGGGUUUCUGCCGUGGGGAUUUGGGGAAGACACAUGAUUCCAUCAAUCCAUUACAGCUACAGGCCUAA